AUUAACUUUCACUUUCCACCUUCGCAAUAAACUAACGUGAACCCUUGCAGUCGUAGCGCUCGUAUAUUACACACUCAUAUAGUACACAUUGACAGGCAAAGCCAGGAAAGUGCAGCGUAUCGUAUAUCAUAAGAAAACGGUAGCAUGCAGUAUCCAACGAGCAUUACCGCGAGUAACAACUGUGAGUCAUAACUUAUUGCUUAUCAUUCCCUGAAGAGUCAACUGGCUGAUCAGGCUGAUCAAUGAUGGCUAUGUCCGAACACGAGCGACUGUAUACCCCGAGCGAAUGGAGCAAACGAUAUAAAUCUGAGGAGCUGCUAGAGCGAUUCUUUACAUUCUGCGCGGAAGUUACGGACAAGACUCGGAGAACUGUUAAAUGUAAACUUAAUGUGGCGUACGGCCCUACGAAGCGCGCAAAGUACGACAUAUAUGGCACCGAUUUACCGAAAGAUGCGCCGAUAUUUGUGUUUAUCCAUGGAGGAUAUUGGCAGGAAUUUAGCAAGGAUGUCGCUGGGUUCUCGGUACCCUUGUUUGUUAAAAAUAAAAUCAAAGUAAUAACAGUUGGAUACGAUUUGUGUCCGAAUGUUAGAAUUGGAGAUAUAGUAGCGGAGAUAAAAGCAGCGGUCACGCAAAUAUUAAAAUAUGCGGCUGAUUCAGAAUCUAAAUAUGUAUGCAUCGCUGGCCAUAGUGCCGGAGCGCAUUUGGCUGCAUGUCUAUUGCACGACGACGAUUGGAUUAAUCGCAUGAAACAGCAAGGAUAUUUUGCAUUAUUAAAGGAAAUCAUACUGAUAAGCGGCCUUUAUAAUUUAAAACCUGUAGUUGAUACCAGUCAUGGGACAGCCCUUAAACUGACCGAGGAAGAAAUUAAGGCAUUUAGUGUUUCCACUUUAGAUGAAACGAAAGGCCGUCGUAUCAGUGGCUUGAAAGUUGUCGUAAUCGUAGGUGACUGUGAUUCUCCAACAUUUGUGGAUGAAUCGCGCAAAUACGCCCAGAAAAUUAUUCCCAUUGUGGAUAAUGUGGAAUAUAUUUUACUUGAAGACAUAGACCAUUUUAACAUAGUGGAGGAACUUCUGAAUUCGGACUAUGAUCUCGCUAAAUUGAUAUUGAAGUGUCUUCAGCCGGAUGCGAACAUUCAUUAGAUGAAUAUGUGGAAAGUUAAAGGAAUAUUAUUUGUCCUAAGGCACUAUAUAUUCAUCAUAAAAUACAAUUUAGAUUAAUUAAAAAAGAUUUAUUAUUAUUAAGGAUUAUUAUAUUAAUUAUAUUAACGUGUCUCUUUAUAUAUUUGGCUUUUAAAUUAGAAAUGUUUUGUAAAGACAUUGAAUAUACUUCAUAUAACAUCAAGAUUAA